UGAUGGCGGACGGUGGUGAUUUUUCGUCAAAAUUUAGGGAAAAGAUUCUUCAAAAUCUCAAAGAAAGAAACAGAACUCAACACCAGUGUUUCUCAGGAAUCAUUUAUGCACACAAUCGAAUGUUUGAGACGGUGGACACCCUAAAGUCCAAGAACAUCCAACUUAAUCUAGAUGCUGAAAGACAAAGGCAGGAAAACCUUGAUCUAAGAGUAAAAGUUGAAGCAGGUGGGGGAGGCACAGGUGGAGGAGAGAGGACCCAGGCCCUUGAACAGAAGCUGUUUAACCUACAAGAAGAACUGACCGACUUACACAGAAGAAAAGGAGAAAAUUCCCAACAAAUUAUUGACUUGAACAAUGCUCUGCAAGAAAAAGAGAAAAUUUUACUGGACAAGGGAGCACGGUUAGCGAAUGCAGAAAUGACAAUAGAAACGCUACAAGAUGCCAUUAGACAAUUAGAAAAAACUGUGAUGGAAUUAGAAGCCACAAACCAAAUGCUAAAAGACGAGCAGCAGGCCUUACAAAUGGCCUACACAUCAUUGGAGUUAAAAUUCCGGAAAACGAUGGAUGAAAAUGCCGAAUUGGUUCAACGAUGGAUGGCGCAGAAAGCUAAAGCUGCUGAUGUUCUCAAUGAAGAGAAUGAUCAGAUGCUAAGGAAAAGACAAGCCAAGUUGAAGAAGGAAUUAGCUGAAGCUGCCGAAGCUCCAGUCAAAAUAGAUGACAAAUCAUGGCCGGCUGGCAUGGUACCCAUGUGCUUAAGUGUAUCCAUUCCAAGUAAACCACAGUAUAAAUUUGAUGCUCAUGAAGGAGAGGUGAACGCUAUUAGGUGGAGUCCAUCGGGAAGGAUGUUUGCUACUGGUGGCGCAGAUAGGAAGUUAAAACUCUGGGAAAUUGUAGGAGGCAAAUGUCAAGUGAAGGCCACACUAUCGGGCAGCAAUGCUGGAGUGAUGUCAGCGGAGUUUGACGUAGAGGAGAAUUAUGUAAUAGGUGCUUCCAGUGAUUUCGCGAGUCGAGUCUGGACAGUUAAUGACCAUCGGCUAAGACACACUCUAACUGGCCAUAGUGGGAAAGUGUUUGCUGCCAAAUUUUUCGGAGCCGAUUGCCACAAAGUUGUUUCAGGGAGUCACGAUAGGACAAUAAAAAUAUGGGAUUUAAGAAGUAAAGCAUGUGUGAAGACGAUAUUUGCUGGGUCUGCCUGCUUUGACCUUGUGACAUCCGACGGCCUCGGAACGAGUAUAAUCAGCGGCCAUUUUGACAAGCGGAUCCGGUUCUGGGAUACGAGAUCUGACAACAGCGUGAAUGAAAUAUCACUUCAAGGCAGGAUUACGUCUUUAGAUUUAUUACCAGAUGGGUUCACUCUACUUAGCUGUUCCCGAGAUGACGCCCUAAAAAUCAUCGACUUGCGUAUGAAUCAGGUCAUGGGUACGUUCAGCCAUGAUGGAUUUAAAGUCGCAGCUGAUUGGACGAGAGCGGUGUUUUGUCCUGACGGACAGUACGUCGUGGCCGGAUCGCAAGAUGGUGCUGUUUACAUCUGGAACGUCAGUAGUAGGAAAAUCGAAAAGGUGCUAGCCAAAGAACAUAACAAUCCAAUCAUGGCUGUUAGCUGGCAUCCAGCCGGCUCCCAUAUACUCAGUUGUGACAGACAGAAGAAGGCAGUACUCUGGUCAGAUUUCUAGACGAGGAAAAGCUACGCGUAGACCAGGCAGUGAUGACCUGAUGCCCGGUCGCCAGAGAGACUGAGUGAGAAGCCCGGUGACCUAUCUGUACCAUCACGAUUGCAACUUGACAAAACCUCUUUGCCAUCAACUUACUUUCCACAAACAGAAUGGCUGUGAAUUACACCAUGGGGGCUUUGAGGAUCACAGCAGAAUAGGGUGGCACGAAUAUAAUAUUCGUGACGUCAUCAACCUCAGACAAGGGACCUCUGACUUGGGAUCACUGACAUUGUUACAUGCUUAGCACAACGCUCAAGGUUUUUUCCUGCGUCAAUGAGGUCUGACGUCAGCGGUGUCAUCGUGACGUAAUGUCGGCGACAUCUUGAGGUUUGGACAUUAUGAUGUCAUCUAUUUGUAUCUUCACGCCACCCUGUUUGCACUCAACUUCUUGUUUGUUUCGCAAUGUGAUUACGGUACAUUGCAGUCAUAUCCUGUCCUUUUUGAUGCAGUUUGCAGUUUGUAAAAUACCUUUGAACUUUGUAAAAUACCUUUGAAAAUGAAAUCAACUGUGAACUCCAAUCAGUCUUGAAGUGCUGGGACAGUCUCUCCAUCAAAACAGAUGAAUAUACUCCAAAGUCUCAUCAAGCGAAGAUCACGGUCGUUGUGUUUCUAUAGAACAACGACUCCUGGACAAUUCCUGCUAUCCAAGCCAUCCCACUACUUAAAUCAUGUUUCCAAAUGUGCUAACCCCACUUUCAUCAUUUGUGCUUCCUUUUGUUCGAUUCGUUUGUUUAUUAUGGAUUUACCUCCCUAGACCUGCGAUUGUAUUUGUUGCCGUGACAAAAGGAUUUCUUGUCUGCGGAUAAAGAGGGUAACUGCUCGGUUUAACAUUGGCGCACACGCCACGGCGAUUUAUAUCGUUUGGUGGGCGCUUUAGGGUGUACAGGUGAUAGCUUUAAUCAGUCAGCAUUUGUUGCCUUUGCUCAGUGGGAACCAAUCACCCGAUAUUACUCUUUAUAUUUCCUCGGUAGCCGUGUCAUUAUUAAUGAAGUCUUUAUUCCAAAAACUUUUUGUAUCCAAGAUUGAUAUUUUAAACCACUCAUCGAGAAAUAGCGGGCUUUAUACUUAUUGAUGUUUUUGCAAAGAGAUGUGGUAUUCUACUGUAGUCGUAGAAAUUUUGUGAUCAGUAAUAUGUGGUCUUCUUGUCUCCCAAUUCAAUCAUGUCAUAUAAUUGAAGUGUUUGUGAUGUGAUAUGUUCAACAAUCCCCAGGAAAAUUUGUUAAUGACUAGAAAUAUAUGCAGGACACAUUUUCUAGCUGUUGCAUGUCUGAAUUGUCCGUCAUGACGGUGUGUCCACUUGGCAUGAGGAAACCAGCCCUGUAAAAAUUAUCUCCUAACCAUCCCCCACCAACUAAUGGAAAAUGCCUUAGAUGCCGGGGGAUGGAUAUUUGAUGAGGGGAGAGUUUCUGAGGAAUAGUUUAUUGACUUUAGCUCUCAGCUUAUCUGUGCCAGGUAACCUCCUGCUGAGUUGCCCGACCAAAGGCUGAGGUCAACAUAUGUUGUUAUAUAACCGAUCUUGCUAUCACAUCCUGGUUGCCUUGUAGUCGACCAAAUUACUUCUAAUUUUGCCUCAUCACAGUAAAUUAGUCAUGAUCACAUGAUGAUCCUGGCCCGAGUGUUUUCACUGGUUAUGCUGGCCAUUAGGUAGAUAAGGUAAAUAUGCCGAUCAUCACUGUGUAGUAUCAGCGGGGUGCUUGAAGUUGGAGGGUGACUAAAUGUUUUACAGGGCUGGUUUCCUCAUGGCUACCAACAAAAUUAUGGUCGUUGGUACCUGGUGCUGGCUGUCACUAGAGUGUAUUGUUGUGAUUAAGACAACAUUGUCGGAAUUUUGACGUCAUUUUCUCCUUCAUGACAUACCUUUACACGCAUACCCUAGUGAAAGUCAGCGCCCCCUAUUGGGAUGCCAAUACCCUAUUAUAUCACACAAACGUGUUAAUCAUGAUAUUGUAUGGUUGCGCUCUGUCUAUGAAGUAUGUAAUGUGAAUGUGUGUUUGUUUAAUGUUUUUACACAUUGGAGAUAGUCAGAAUUCUACGACUUCAAAGAUUCUUCAAGAGGCCAUGGCCGUUUGUCUACGGAUCAGUUUUCAUUACUGGGCGCUGUGAGUAAUAAAAACUUCUGUUGAUGGCAGCCAGGGUUAUUUGAGGCAGGGUUUCCGCCAGAGGGGGGAUGGGGGGGAUUCAUCCCCCCUAAAAUAUUUCAAGGGGGGAUAUCCCUAGCACUAAAGUUUGUUUUACUGUCAAAUGAGUAAUUUUCAUGAUUUGAUAUGUAAAAUGAGAGCAUUUGGGUGCCAAUUGUAGCGGUUUUAGGGACAAAAAACGUCUCGGGAGGGGUCAUACACCCUUUUUAAGAAAAACAAAAUUUUAGAAAAAAAAAUUUUUUAGAAAAAAAAAUUUUUUAGAAAAAAAAUUUUUUUUUUUGCUCCCCCCUCAAAUUUAAUCCUGGCGGAAACCCUGUAAGGUCUAUUCUAAGAGUAAAGACACAUUUUUGGACCAUUUUGGCAAUUGGUGUGCUUCCUGUUCUUUGGAGUAGGCCUACACAAAUUUUCUGAGAAACUAGAAAAUCUAGGAUAAAACCCCUCUGCAUUUCGCCUUACCAUAUCCAUGACUCCAACCUGGUCGUACUUCGGUUACUCCUUGGAGGAAUUUAAAUCUGAGCUGAUUCGUUCCAAUUAAAAAUAUCAAUAAAUCAAUAUAUCAUUCUGCAGAUAGUGGCACUGAUUCUGUCUAAGCAGUGAGAGUCGAGGGGGGCAUAGAGAUUUCAAAGCCUUCUACAUGUAUAUAUGUCAAGAUUGUACUUCCUUCCUGAUUUUGUUGGCAAAGAUGCUAUUUAGUGUAUCGAAUGAGGGUACAUUUCUUUUGUUAAGUGCUAGAUGAAGAAACAUUUAAGAAGUUUCAUGAGUAUAAUUGUUUAGAAUUCUGUUGAUGAUGAUUGUGAGCCCUACAUCCAUGUAUUCCAUGGUUGUUUAUGUCUAUCCAGUAUACGUCAUCAUUUUGUUUUGUAAAUACGACAAUUUGUAAAUAUCCGCUUAUCAGCAUUGACGAAAUAAAUCGCAUUAAUUCAA